CUCUUUCCACACUAAAUAUCAACUUGAUCAUAUCAUAGGUCAGGACAGAACGAAAAAUCAACGUUUUUAUUCCUCCUUUAGAAGAAUACUGAACAUUCUCAACACAAAAAAUCUCUUUCCACACUAGAUAUCAGCUUGAUCAUAUCAUAUCAUAGGUCUAAGGACAGAACGAAAAACCAACGUUUUUAUUCCUCCUUUAUUCUCUUCUAAAGAUUGUAAUAGAUUCGUGCUUUCUUUUUCCCGUGAGAAAACUCAGAAAUGGAGGAUUGUUUUGAGCACAAAAUAGUGCCAGUGAAUGGCAUAAACAUGCACGUUGUAGAAGCAGGUCAAGGUCCUGUAAUUCUCUUCAUUCAUGGCUUCCCUGAAUUAUGGUAUUCGUGGAGGCACCAAAUUUCUUUCGUGGCUAAACAUGGUUAUCGUGCUGUCGCUCCUGACCUACGUGGCUUUGGAGAUACCACAGGAGUAUUGAAACAUGACCCGAGUAAGUUCACAAGCUUACAAGUUGUGGGUGACUUGGUGGAACUUUUGAAUACCAUUGCACCUAAGGAAGAGAAGGUGUUUGCUGUAGGGCAUGAUUGGGGUGCAAUUAUUGCCUGGGCUUUGUGUUUGUUUAGGCCAGACAAAGUCAAGGCUUUGGUUAAUUUGAGUGUGGCAUUUUCUCCUAGGAAUCCUAAGAGAAAGCCACUUGAAACACUGCGUGCUGUUUAUGGAGAAGACUAUUAUGUUGUUAGAUUUCAGGAGCCCGGAGAAAUAGAGGCAGAGUUUGCAAAAAUAGGCACCAAGAAAGUAUUGGAAAAUUUCUUGAGUUAUCGUAACCCUGGACCCUUAUACUUGCCUAAGAGUAAGUUAUUUGAUGACAGUCCUGUAAUUUUGCCGUCUUGGCUACCAGAAAAAGAAGUUGAUUAUGUUGCUAGCAAAUAUGAAAAAGCUGGCUUCACUGGAGGAGUGAAUUAUUACAGAGCAAUUGACUUAAAUUGGGAAUUGACAGCAGCAUGGACUGGUGCAAAAGUGAAAGUACCAGUAAAAUUUAUUGUGGGAGAUUUGGACUUAACUUACAAUGCCCCAGGAGUCAAAGACUAUGUACACAAAGGUGGGAUGAAAAAAGAUGUACCUUUGCUAGAAGAAGUGGUUAUAUUAGAAAAUGUUGGCCAUUUCCUCCAACAAGAAAAGCCUGAUGAAAUUAACAAACAUAUUUAUGCCUUUUUCCAUGGUUUUUCUUCAUCUGCUUAAAGUUUAAGUUUAACCCUUUUAAGUUUGAUUUUGGGGAUAUAAUGACUUAUGGGAGAUGCUCCGUUUGUUCCUUUACUUUGCUUAUGCAAUAUCAGACCGCAGUGGCAUAUGUAAGAUUUUAUGCAAGUAGUGCCGGCCUAUCACAACUCGGCUUGUAACUGUGUCUAGACUAUGUGGUUUUAAAAGGUUACUUUUUAUUUCAAUUUCUUUGGAUUAUUUUCAA